GCUCUACUAAAUGUACAAGGUAUAGAUGUUCAUGCUGAAGAUAAAAAUAAACAAACUCCUUUACAUUGGGCUACUGAUGAAAGGAUAGUAAAUGCUCUAAUAGCACAAGGUGCAAAGGUUAAUGCUGAAGAUAAAAAUAAACAAACUCCUUUACAUUGGGCUGUUAAGGAUUGUAACACAGCUGUAAUAUGGGCUCUAAUAAACAAUAAUGCUGAGGUUAAUGCUAAAGAUAAAAAUAAACAAACACCUUUACAUUUGGCUGUUAAGGGCGGUAAUACAGCUGUAAUAUGGGCUCUAAUAGACAAUAAAGCUAAGGUUAAUGCUAAAGAUAAAAAUAAACAAAUUCCUUUACAUUGGGCUGCUAGUGGAAAGGUAGCAAGGUAUUUGAUAAUACAAGGUGCUGAGGUUAAUGCUAUAGAUAAUGAUGAGAACACACCUUUACAUUUGGCUGCUGAGAAGGGUUAUAUAACAGUAAUAAAAGCUCUAUUAGAUAAGGAGGCAAAUAUUCAUGCUAAAAAUAAAGCUGGAAGAACUCCUUUAUAUUAUUCUGCUAAUGUAGACAUAAAAAAUGCUCUAAUAGCAGCAGGUGCAAAAGAUGUUCCAGUAGCAGAGGUUCAUUCUAAAGAUAAAGAAGACAUUCCUUUACAGGAUACUACUAUGGAAG